AACAACGAAACUACAACAACAACGCACCGUAAACGUCGGCGUGACUUUGCAAAACCGGCUAAAAAGUAUUUAUUUACGUUCAUUCGUGAGGCAAAUAUGUCUUCUAUCGGUGCAGGUUAUGAUUUGUCAGCAUCGCAGUUCUCUCCCGAUGGCCGAGUAUUCCAGGUGGAAUAUGCAUUGAAGGCUGUUGAGAAUAGCGGCACGGCUAUUGGUAUCAGGGGUAAAGACGGAGUAGUGUUUGGUGUUGAGAAGAUUGUGACAUCAAAGCUUUAUGAACGUGGAUCGAACAAAAGGAUAUUUAACAUUGAUAAACAUAUUGGAAUGGCUGUUGCAGGUCUACAGGCUGAUGCCCGUCAGCUGGGAGAGACGGCUAGAGAUGAAGCUUCCAACUAUCGGUCCAAUUUUGGUGACGCUGUCCCUCUAAAACAAUUAACAAACAGGCUGUCGAUGUUUGUGCAUGCAUACACCUUGUACAGUUCAGUUCGGCCGUUUGGUGUCAGCGCUAUGCUCAGCUCAUACUCAAAAGAAACUGGUCCUCAGUUGUAUGUGUUGGAUCCCUCUGGUGUAUCUCACGGUUACUGGGGAUGUGCUGUCGGGAAGGCUAAACAAAAUGCCAAGACAGAAAUAGAGAAAGUCAAGAUGAAAGAUAUGACCUGCCAGCAAUUAGUCAAAGAAGUGGCCAAAAUUAUAUACAUAGUCCACGAUGAGGUGAAGGACAAAAACUUUGAACUUGAAUUAAGUUGGGUUGGAGAAGUGACAGGAGGCAAGCAUGAACUCGUUCCACCAGAGGUUCUCGCAGAAGCAGAAAAACAUGCCAAGGCCUCCCUUGAAGAAUCAGAUGACUCUGAUGAUGAGGACAUGUGAGAAAUACCAACAAGUUACUUAUCAGAUCAGACUAUUGCUCCAAUCCA